AUGCCUAACCUCUCCCAAGCCCCAGCUCCCAAGGACGCUCGCAUCAUCCAUUCCUCAGGCCAGAGCUUCGAGCAGUUGAGGCAGGAGUGCCUGCGGAAGGGCACGCUGUUUGAGGACCCAGACUUCCCUGCCAACAGCUCCUCUCUCUAUGGCAGCAAGGAGCCUGAGGAGCCCAAGAGCCCCAUCAUGUGGAAACGGCCAGGGGAAAUAGUGAAAAACCCAGAAUUCAUUCUCGAAGGGGCCACCAGGACUGACAUCUGCCAAGGGGAGCUUGGUGACUGCUGGCUGUUAGCCGUCUUUGCCUCCCUGACGCUCAACAAGAAAGCGCUGGCCAGAGUGGUCCCCCAGGGCCAAAACUUUGACUCUGGUUAUGCUGGGAUCUUCCAUUUCCGGUUCUGGCAACACAGCGAGUGGGUAGACGUGGUGAUUGAUGACCGGCUGCCCACCUCCAGUGACAGCUUGAUCUACCUCCGCUCAACUGACAACAACGAGUUCUGGGGCGCCCUGCUGGAGAAAGCCUAUGCCAAGUUCAAAGGGAGGAGCUACAAGGCACUGGAUGGGGGCAGCAUCAUCGAGGCCAUGGAGCACUUAACUGGGGGUGUAGCCAAGACCUUCACAAUCAAAAAGGCUCCAGAGAACUACUGUGAGAUUCUAGAGAAGACCUUGAAGCGGGGCUCUCUGGUGGUCUGCACCACCGAGGCCAUCAGUAGUGCAGAGUCCGAAGCGUGGACACUUUUUGGACUCAAUGAGAAUCAUUCCUACACUGUGACGGGAAUUGAUCAGGUAAACUUCCGAGGCCAGAAAACUGAGCUGAUCAGAGUCCGGGACCCUUGGGGCGAGAGUGAGUGGAAAGGGCCCUGGAGCUACAGGAUGGCAUCUGCGGACUUCAAGGCCCAUUUUGACCAAGUUGAGAUCUGCUGCCUCACUCCUGAUGCCCUAGAGGAGGAAGCCCUCCGCAAGUGGUAAGUGACGGUCCACCAAGGAAGCUGGGUGCCGGGCUCCACAACUGGAGGCUCCCGCGAAUCCCUGAGUUGGGACAUGGAUGGAAAUGUAGACAUUGCCCUUCCUGAGCCUCAGCAGCCAACUUCCCCUGCUCGGGAGACAGAGGAGGAGCAGCAGUUCCGGGCCCUGUUUGAACAAAUCACUGGUGAGGACAUGGAGAUGUCAGCAGAAGAACUCAAAUAUGUUUUAGAUGCUGUGCUGCAAAAGAAUAAGGACAUUCAUUUUAAAAAGCUAAGUCUGAUUUCCUGUAAAAACAUCCUUUUUCUAAUGGACAUCAGCGGCAACAGGAAGCUGGAGUUUGAUGAAUUCAAAGUGUUCUGGGACAAACUGAAGAAGUGGAUGUACAACCUUUUCCGUCGAUUCAACACUGACAAAUCCGGCCCCAUGUCCUCCUAGGAGCUGUGGACCGCCCUGAAAGCCGCAGGUAACCAAGCAUCUGGAAAGUUCGUCAGCUUUCAGGUCUACAGGGACAGAAUUUACAAAAUCAGGACCAUUUGGAUCCUAUGUGAGGGAGAAGACAAGAGAUGA